UACUCAGGCUCUUGGCUUGCUUUAUUGUGACCUUGUUAUAUAUCAGAUUAUCAAAUGGCAUGCAACAGGAUAUGUGAUGUGUACCCCAAAAUAAUUAUGCACUAAUUCUAGCAUUUACAACCAACAACUGGAAUGCCUUACUUGCUAUCGAAUACUAGCUUUAGGGACCCAUCAUUUUUUUUGGCACCCACCAUGGGCCUGAGCAAGGCUCACUGUAUUUUCUGCGGGCUGGGACCUCCCUUAUUUUCAGGAACACAGAGACACAAAUUCCAUAUUGACACAGGCUAUGCAAUGAAAUGUCAAUAUGAGGGCAUCAGAUAAAGUCACACCAACGACCUUGAGCCAAAGGGCCAAACACGCACACACACAUGCACGCACGCAAAUGCGUGCAAACACAAACAACUGUACAUUUCCCACACAAUUCGAUGAGUGGGUGGAAAUAAAUACAGACCGAUAUUUUUAUCCGUCCUCAGUGUUUGCCUGAGUCACAGCUGGCCUGUGCUUAUAAGCCCUGGGGAGAGAUUAGGAUCAGUUCUGAGCAGGAGAGGAGAGAGUUCUGAGCAGGGACAGACGGAGUUCUGAGCAGGAGAGAGUUCUGAGCAGAAGAGGAGAGAGUUCUGAGGAGGAGCAAAGGGAGUUCUUAGGAGGAGCAGAGAGAGCAGAGAGAGUUCUGAGCAGACGGAGUUCUGAGCAGGAGAGGAGAGAGCAGAGAGAGUUCUGAGCAGAAGAGGAGAGAGUUCUGAGGAGGAGCAAAGGGAGUUCUUAGGAGGAGCAGAGAGAGCAGAGAGAGUUCUGAGCAGACGGAGAGAGAGCAGAGAGAGUUCUGAGCAGACGGAGUUCUGAGCAGGAGAGGAGAGAGCAGAGAGAGUUCUGAGCAGACGGAGUUCUGAGCAGGAGAGGAGAGAGCAGAGAGAGUUCUGAGCAGGAGAGGAGAGAGCAGAGAGAGUUCUGAGCAGGAGAGGAGAGAGCAGAGAGAGUUCUGAGCAGAAGAGGAGAGAGUUCUGAGGAGGAGCAGAGAGAGCAGAGAGAGUUCUGAGCAGACGGAGUUCUGAGCAGGAGAGGAGAGAGCAGAGAGAGUUCUGAGCAGACGGAGUUCUAAGCAGUAGAGGAGAGAGCAGAGAGAGUUCUGAGCAGACGGAGUUCUAAGCAGGAGAGGAGAGAGCAGAGAGAGUUCUGAGCAGACAGAGUUCUGAGCAGGAGAGGAGAGAGCAGAGAGAGUUCUGAGCAGACGGAGUUCUGAGCAGGAGAGGAGAGAGCAGAGAGAGUUCUGAGCAGACGGAGUUCUGAGCAGGAGAGGAGAGAGCAGAGAGUUCUGAGCAGAGGGCGUUCUGAGCAGGAGCACACAGCAGUAGAGUUCACAUACGGCAGUACUGCUCUUCCGAUGGGACCCACGGCAACACGCAUCGUCGCUAUGGUCAUGCUGGGCAUCACUGCCCGCUGUCACGACCCCCCCCAGCGGAGCAUGGAGAGCUUCAUCGCGGCGGUGGAGCAGGUGGAAGCGUGGAACCCGGAGCUGAAGGGCGUGGCCCUGCUGAGGAGCCUCCGGGGGUGGGGGGGGCUGGACGGCCCUCUCGUCCGACACUUCCUGGGCCCCCCCAGCGAGGAGGCUCCCCCCACGCUCCCUUCCGCGGCGUCCGACUUCUUCCGGAGCGUGAUUGGCCACCGGGUCACCGAGGCCGGGGAGGAAGAGGGCGUGGUCCUGACGCAGGACGGCACCACGGUCGCCCUGGCUCCGCUCAUUUUGGGCCUGGAGGCGGGGCUGCGGGCGGGAGAGGGGUCCCCUCUGUCGGGGGUGUACGCCCUCGCCCUGGCCCAGACCCUGGGCCUGUCCUUCCUGCGCUCCCCGCCCCCGGACAGCCUGGGCCCAGAUGGCUGCUGGGAUAACGUGACGUCACCGCGGGCCUUCACGCUCUCCGGGACGCCCUCCCUGGCGACGGACGCGCUCGUCAACGGCGGGAUGGACGGCGUGGUCCUCGGGACGGAGCUCUUUGGCCGCGCCCCCGAGCGCCCGCCCGUCCUGAGCGGCCUCCUGCGGCGGUACUACCAGCACCGCCUGCGGGACGGCGGGUUGGGCUCCGCCCCCCGCCUCAUCAGCCCGCGCCGCCGGCAGAACUUCCGGGAGCUGGUGAGCCCCGCCCUGCUGCGGGAGCAGGUGCGCGAGGCGCUGGCGCUGCGCCGCCGCCUGGCCGCAGACCCCGCCCUGGCCCAGGGGGCGGAGACCGAGGCCGCCGCGCUCGACGCGGGGCUGGAGCUGUUCGUCCGCAGGUACACAGAGUGUCCCGCCAUCAUCCCGCGGUGCCAGUGGGAGGCGGAGCCGUACCGGGGCACGCCCACCCUGCUGGCCCUGCCCCUGUCCUUCCUGUACGUGCACCACACCUACGAGCCGAGCCGGCCCUGCCUGACCUUCCAGCAGUGCGCCGCGGACAUGAGGUCCAUGCAGCGCUUCCACCAGGACGACCGCGGCUGGGACGACAUCGGAUACAGCUUCGUGGCGGGCUCGGACGGGUACAUCUAUGAGGGGCGGGGCUGGAACUGGCGCGGAGCUCACACCAAGGGCCAGAACUCCCGCGGCUACGGCGUGUCCAUCAUCGGGGACUACACGAUCGACCUGCCGUCCCGCCCGACCCUGGAGCUGGUCCGGGACCGGCUGACGGCCUGCGCGGUGGGCGGGGACCGGCUGAUCGCCAACUACACCAUCCACGGCCACCGGCAGCUGGUCAACACCUCCUGCCCCGGCGACGCCCUCUUCUCGGAGAUCCAGGGGUGGGCGCACUUCAGGGAAGUCCAGCUUUGAAGAUUGGCAACAUGAAGACACCAGAAUAAGAAAUAAAAUUAGUUUCUUAA